AUGCUGCCCGAGCUAGGAAUGAACACUAACGAUUUCAACUACGGCCAAACAAUCUUCCUCGUCUCUUUCCUGUCCGCUGAACUCCCAUCCGGUCUCAUAUCCAAGAAAGUUGGACCUGAUCGAUGGAUCCCAUUCUUAAUCGUCGCUUGGUCUAUUACUUCUGCUGCUCAGUGUGCACUGACAAGUAAAGCUGGCUAUUAUGCUGUACGCAGUCUUCUUGGGCUCUUGAUGGGAGGAUUCAUCCCUGAUGUCGUACUUUACUUGACAUAUUGGUACAAGAGUAAUGAACUCCCCACUCGUCUCGCUUGGUUCUGGACAGUCCUGAGCUGUUGCAAUAUUUUUGGAUCUCUCAUAGCAGCAGGAAUCUUGCAAAUGCGCGGCAUUCAUGGUUGGUCAGGUUGGCAAUGGCUCUUCCUUAUCGAAGGCAUCAUAACUGGUACAAUCGGUAUCGCCUCAUGGGUUGCCAUGCCCGCUAGUCCCUGCCAAACUGCAGGUCGCGGUCGCGGAAAAGGCUGGUUCUCCGAGCACGAGGAGAAGAUAAUGGUGAAUCGACUUCUGCGAGACGAUCCUUCCAAAGGCGAUAUGAACAAUCGUCAGGCUGUUGGAUUGCGCGGCUUGCUUGCAUCGUUCUGGGAUUUUGAUUUGUGGCCGACAUACAUAAUUGGAUUCUGCGCGUACAUCCCACCCAAUCCGCCAGGAACAUAUCUUGGUCUCAUUCUCCGAGAAUUGGGAUUCAACACAUUCCAUGCCAAUCUUCUUACCAUCCCUGGCCAAUUCAUGUUCCUGGUCAACCUCCUCAUCAUAACAAAGGUAUCCUCCUACUUCAAAGAACGCGCCAUCAUAUCCUCUUCCUCCAAUAUCUGGAUCCUACCUUUCUUAGUCGGCCUCGUGACCCUCAAGAAAGACUCUAGUCUCUGGAUCCGAUACGGGUUGUUGUCAGGGCUGGUAUCGUACCCCUAUUGUCACGCGAUCCUGGUUGGUUGGAACGCGAAGAAUUCAAAUACAGUGCGCACGAGGGCGGUUAGUGCGGCUCUAUAUAAUAUGUUCGUGCAGGGUGGCAAUAUUGUUGCAGUUAAUAUCUACAGGGAUGAUGAUAAGCCGUUGUACAUCCGAGGCAACAAAAUCCUUCUCGCCAUCUGCUCUCUCAACAUACUGCUCUUCUACGCUGUCAAAGCAUAUUACAUCCGCCGCAACAACAAGCGAGACGCGAUCUGGAACGCUAUGUCUGUUGAGGAGCAGGAGGAUUAUAUUGCGAAUACGAAGGACCAAGGUGCAAAGAGGUUGGAUUUUAGAUUUGCGCAUUAAAUAGGGUUGAAGAUGUCCUGGGGAGGGAUGGGAUGGACUGGUAGUGCAGGUGUGGCGCCAUGGGAAGAAGAUGGCGAGCUGGGGAAUUGUUAGGGCAAGGACCUGCUAGCUAGGAAGGAGCUAGUUAACGGUAUGGUUAUCGUGGAUGUGUAAGGAUCAUUUCGGUCCUCAUGAAUGUAUGACUGAAUGCCACCAUCAACGAGGGAGAGCAGGUUUUAAUAUCCG